AUGCCCUGCUUCCUGGGGCUCGCGGUGAGCAUCCACACGCCCAACGGGCCGCUCUCAGAGCACUCGAUACAGAAGCAGAGCAAAUUCCACCGCAUCACGUCGUACAUCCCCGUGCCGCCCGCAAAAGUGCCGCCCGGCGCGACCAAGCCCGAGCAGUCGACCUUUGCCAUCUCCAUCACGCUGCUCACGCCGGGGCUCCACGUGCCGUACUCGGCGCCGAAGCCUACGCCCGAAGAACCCGCGCCCAGGCCGAAGAUUGUGGGCGGCCUGCCCGGCUUCACCAGCGAGCGGGGCAAGUACGGCGCUGCCAUCGCUCCCUACAAGCCGCUCACCACCUCGCCGAACGAGACGAUCGCCGCCUACAUCUACUUCGACGGCCGGGCAAAGGAGGAGGUGGCGACGCUGCUACGGCGCGGCGAAGAGACAUGGGUCAACUCGCGCUGGGUCAGUGUGCCCGAGUCAGAAGGCGGAGGGCUGGCCGAGCGCGAGUUCUUGUUCCGCGAGGUCGGACUCGAGCGCUGGCUCAACGGGCUCGAUCUCGAAGGCUCCGAUAAGAACGUGGCGGCCAAGAUCGAGCGGAGAAAGCAGCGUCUGGAGAAGAAGCGCAGGAAGAGGAGGGAAGCCCGCGGCAGCAGCGACGAGGACGAGAGCAAGCCAACGCGAAACGGCGUCCUGCGCUAUGGCGACGAAAAGGACGCGCCAGUCGAAGCGCUGUCAGGCAACGAUGACUUCUUCACAUCAGACUCGGACUCGGACGACGAGCCCCCUGUGCCGGAAGCCGCAGGCCAGAUCAAGGUCGCCUUGUUCCGCGUGCUGGCCUCUGGCGAGAUCAAGCGCGGAGAGUACUCGCCGCAGUUUGACGCACACGACGACGACGACCCGAACGGCGGCGAUGGCGAGGACAUUGACCACACGACAAGCUUCGCCAAGCCCAAGACGCUGGACCCCAAGUCGAUCAGCACGCAGACGGUCACUGGCAUCGAUCCCCCAGACAAGCCGUAUGCCGUCUUCACGUUCUUGUACCGCGGAGAGCGCCAACUGCGGAAGAUGGGCAUCCUCGAGACGGCCGACAAGAAGACUGUGGCAGCGUCGCCGGCAACUCGACGAAAAUCAGGACUGGACUUUGGCAGUCUCCAGCCUCUAGACGCGGCAAAGGGCACAAAGAACUUUGGCGGGUACCGCGACAUACAGUCACCAAAGGCCAAGCAGAAGAGCGAAGACGCCAUGGACAGCGAUGCGGACGACGAGGACGACGAGGGCGAGGCUCGGCGGGAUGAAGUGGACGACAGGGAAGUUGCGGCGGACAAGGGCAUGCUUUCGCCAGAGGAUGCGGCCAAGCAGGGCGAGCUUGCCGAGGGCGUGCGCAAGAUCAAGGUCGCGGCAGGCAACUCGGCGGCGGAAGGCUCGUCGUCGGCGACGACUGCGCCGGCCGAGGGCGAGAGCAGCGUGGCUUCACCGUUCAAGAAGCACCGGGCUUCGCUGCCCGGGUUCGACGAGAACGUGCGCAAGAGCCUGGGCCAAGCGCUCAUGGGGGCGCAGAAAGAGCGAGGGAACUCGGAGGGCACGAUCCCGACGACGACGAGCGAGUCGAGGAUGGAAGACGAUGAGGAGUUGUGA